UCUCCCUCUCUCUCUCCCUGUCUCCCCUUAUCUCACUAUGUACCCAUGUAUCUCCUCUCUCCUCCUCCCCUGUAUUCUACUCCUCCAGGUAGUCUGCUGUUCUGCCCCCUCUCCCUCUCUCUCUCCAGCCUUCUCCCUCUCUCUCUCCCUGUCUCCCCUUAUCUCACUAUGUACCCAUGUAUCUCCCCUCUCCUCCUCCCCUGUAUUCCCCUCCACCAGGUACGUCUGCUCUACUGUUCCCAGGAGGAGGCCGAGCUGGUGUUUAAAGCAGCCUGGGCCGCGGGUCAGGCUGGACCCUCUCACAUGUGGUUCGCUGUGGGGCCAGCCCUGUCCGGCCUUGGCAUGGAGGGUCUCCCCAGGGCCCUGUUCGCCGUGCGUCCGCAGGGCUGGAAGGACAAGCCCCGCAUGAGGAUCGCCCGGGGCGUGUCCAUACUGACCCACGGGGCGGUGGCACUGCGCCGUGACUAUGGGGCCUCUGGAGGGCCAAACUUUGUCACCAACUGCAUGACGGAAGCCAAUCAAACACACAGGGUGCGGGGGAGGAUGAGGUAUUUCAGCAACAUCACGUUGGGUGGCAGAGACUACUCUUUCGACAGUGACGGUUACCUGGCCAACCCCGUCCUAGAAGUCAUCUCCUAUACACCUGGCAAAGGCUGGGAGGAUGUAGGGAUGUGGGAGAACGGUAAGUUGGAUUUGGUUUAUCCAGCGUGGUCGCGUUACGGUCCAUUCCUCCAACCGCCUGAUGGCGCCCAGCACCUGCGCGUGGUCACUCUGGAGGAACGUCCGUUUGUCAUCGUGGAGCUGGCUGACGCCGCCUCCAACACCUGCAUCAGAGACUCUGUACCCUGCCGACGACCCCUGAACGCCAGUAUUCCUGUCCAGGAUCCCCCAAAGAAACAGUGCUGUAAGGGCUUCUGCAUCGACAUCCUCAAACGAUUGGCCAAAAUCGUGGGUUUCACCUAUGACCUCUACUUGGUGACCAAUGGAAAGCACGGGAAGAAGAUUGAUGGAGUGUGGAACGGCAUGAUUGGAGAGGUGGUGGGACAGCGAGCAGAUAUGGCCAUUGGAUCCCUCACCAUCAACGAGGAGAGGUCAGAGGUCGUGGACUUUUCCGUCCCCUUCGUGGAGACGGGCAUCAGCGUCAUGGUCUCCCGUAGCAACGGAACCGUCUCACCCUCUGCCUUCCUGGAGCCCUACAGUCCAGCGGUGUGGGUGAUGAUGUUCGUCAUGUGCCUGACCGUGGUGGCUGUGACCGUCUUCAUAUUUGAGUUCUUCAGUCCAUUCCAGCACCCCACAGAGCAGUACCCCCCUCUGAAGUUUGGCACGGUGCCCAAUGGAAGUACAGAGAAGAACAUCCGCAGUAACUACCCUGGCAUGCACCAUUACAUGGUCAAAUAUAACCAGAGAGGGGUGGAGGACGCCAUUAACAACCUCAAGACUGGGAAGUUGGAUGCCUUUAUCUACGAUGCAGCUGUGUUGAACUACAUGGCCAGGAAAGACGAGGGUUGUAAGGUGAUGACCAUAGGCUCUGGGAAGGUAUUUGCCACCACAGGCUACGGUAUCGCCCUGCACAAGAACUCCCGCUGGAAACGCCCCCUCGACCUGGCCCUGCUGCAGCUGGUGGGAGACGAUGAGAUUGAGAUGCUGGAGCGUCUGUGGCUGUCUGGUAUCUGUCACAAUGAUAAGAUUGAGGUGAUGAGCAGUAAGCUGGACAUAGACAACAUGGCAGGUGUCUUCUACAUGCUGCUGGUGGCUAUGGGGCUCAGUCUGCUGGUAUUUGCCUGGGAGCACCUGGUCUACUGGAGGCUCAGACACUGCAUGGCUACCAGCUCCGGGAGACUGGACUUCCUACUGGCCAUCAGUAGGGGCAUGUACAGUUGUUGUAGCUUUGAGGAUGAAACCACGCCGGGCGGGGCCAAAUCCUCCAUGGCUAUGCUCCCCCACCAUCAUGGCACCAUGGUAACAGUCCCGCCCCCGCCACACUUGGUCGGUGCGUCGUCAACCAACCCGGCCCUGACCAUGGCGCAGCAGCAACAGUCACAGCCCGUCUACAAAACACAGAUGCCUGGAUCCCCUCCCACCGUGGUGCAUUCUGGGACGGCGCUGGGGCCCUCCAACACUCCCAUGCUGGGGGCACCCCUGCCCUGCUCCACAUUCCUCCCCCGGCCCGAUCGCAGACUGGCCGUGGUGGACCGAUGGAGGCUGCCCAAGGCCGGGACCGCCACCAACCCCAUGGCCGUCCGCGGGGCCGUCGCAGACAUGGGGCCCUUCCCCCAGAAAGUGGCUCCAACCUGGGGCACGACAGCUGGAGGAGUGGGGGUUGGUGGUGGUGGUGGUGGUGGGGGGCUGGAUGGAUAUAAACGCUACUAUGGACCCAUCGACCCUGAGGGUCUGGGGCCCUGUAUGGACCAGCCUGUAGGGUCCCAGACCCCCAAAACAGCCCCCAGGAGCCACCCUCAACCCCCUCCCGCCACUGUGGCCUUCUACUCAGAGAAAGGUCCUGACCAGGGGGUGGGGAAGAGGGUGGUGGGAGGUGGUGGUGCUGGGUGUCAGGGGAAGGGAGGGGUCAAACCUUUGGGGACGCCUCGGCUGCCUCCUAAAAGCCAGGCCGUGGGCGUGACCCCAGUCCCUCUGCCCACUAACCCCCCGCUGCCACAACCCUCCCCCCCUCUCCCCUCAUCCUUUUGGAGGAAGCGCCGGCCCAAGAAGCCCAAAGAGCCAGGCGGGCCUCUGUACGAGAACAUCCUACCGCUGGGGCGCAGGGGAGGAGGAAGGGAUGGAGCGAGGGAUGGUGGAGGGAGGAGGGGACGCCCCCUCUCUCCUCCUCUCCCACUCUCAGUAACCGUGCCCAUGUCCCCCACCUACACUCCCCCUUCCCCCUCCACCUCACUCCCCUACACCAGCUCAACUUCUUCCUCUUCUUCUAACACAUCGUCUACCUCUUCCUCUACCUCCUCCUCUCGCUCCUCCUCUCCUUCCUCCUCAUCCUCCUUGACCUCACAGAGCACGCGGGAAGGUUUGGACGCAGAGGAGGAUGAUGAGGAUGAGGAGCUGACCGAGGAGUCCAGUCUUCUCCUGGGGAGGGGGAGGGAUAGACAGCGUUCAAUUAUCUCCUCUCGCUCCCUCAGUCAUGGGCGCCAGCCACCACCUAUACCACCCCGAAAACCACGCCCUGCCCGAGGGGAGAGAGACAGGGAGAGGGAGAGGGAGAGAGGAGGUAGCCAGUUGGCCCAGUUACAGGAGUGGUGGGCGGGCUGGGGUGAGAGAGAGAGGGAUCGCAGUGGAGGAGGAGAUGACGAGAGGAAACGAGAGAAGAAGAGGAGGAAAGAUAAAGAGAAGAAGAAAAAGAAGAAGAAGAGGAAAAAGAGGGAGGAGAGAGAACGAGAGAGAGACAAAGAGAGGAAGAGACGGAAGGUGAAAAAGAAGAGGAAGAAGAAGGCGCUGAAGACGAAGAAGAGGAAGAAAUCGACUGGGCGUUCUGAGCAAGAAGAGGGUGAUGUGGAGGCAGAUAGGGAGGGAAUAGGGGAUGGAGGGAGAGAAGGAGGGAUGCCAGACUACUCUUCCUUUCCAACCCAGUAUCGUAGUACGUUUGGGGAGAAAGGAAGAGAGUCAGCAUGGGCAGGAGAGAGGGAGCGAGGAAGGAGGGAGGGAGAAGAGGAAGAGGGGGGUGAUAGAGAGGAGGAUAGCAGCAGGAGCAGGGAGAGGCGGCCCAAAUCAUCCCGUUCCCACUCCAGACAUCGACCCCCCAGUAAGCGCUACCCCAAACUCCCCGCCUCGGUCAAGUUCUGGGUGAGUGGAGGACACGGGGAAGGGGGGGACCCCAACUCUGGAACACCCCCCUCCUCCCUCCCUCCCCUCAUCCCACUCUCCAAGAGGAGGAGGAGUGGAGGGGUGGAGAGAAGGGAGGGAGGGAGAGAAGGAGAGAAGAGGCCUCUGUUGAUGCACUAUGAGAAAGGCAGGGCUAACAUCCAGGAGGGGCUCUCCUUCCAUGAGUGGGACUCUGAGGAGGAUGAUGAGGAAGAUGUGGGGGAGGAGAGGCAGAGAGACAGAGCGAGGGAACGGGUGGAGGAGAGGGUGAGGAGGGCGGGUGGGAGAGGUGCUGUGUCAGAGUCAGAAAGAGACAGGGCGAGAGCAGAGGAGAGUUACUCUGAUGAGGGCUCAUCAGGGGAGUUUGGGAGAUUUGAGAGGUACUGGGAGGGGAGGGAGGGGAGUGGGGGGGCUGGAGGACCAGGGAAUAGUGGGAUAGGGGGGAUAGGGGGAGGGAGUUGGUUUUUCGGCACAUACCCCUCCAGAGAGAAAGGGGGCAGCAUCAACAGCAGAGAUGACUCUAUAUUAGGGCGAGUGGAGGGCUGGGGGGGGGUGGGGGGAGAUUCUUGGGGUUCAGGGCCAGGAGUAGGGUGGGCGUCAGGGGGAGGGAGUGGAGGUCUGGGGUCCCAGUGGCCCCCUCCUCCAGCAAACCUCCCGCCCCCCCGACGGUACUGGUCUGUCGACAAACUCCCAAUGAAGGGAGAGAAGAAGUUGAAAAGGGGAGGAAGGGGGAAGGGCAAGGGACGCGCACGAGACAGAAACCAGGGGUCUGGGGUGUCAUGUUCAUGUAGUCAGUACCCCCACCCCCAUGUGCACCCGCACCCCCAAGGGCGGUCACACGGCCAUGGGAAGAGAGGAAGCACGGCCCUGUCCCACAGCCAGGAGGAGCUGCUCCCCCACUGCCACAGCUUCAGCGGGGGCUCAAGGCCCAAACCCCCUCCCAAACCAGACCAGGGCCAGGCCAAGUCAGGCAGCCAGGCCAGCCUCAGCACACAGCAGCCAGGAGUUGCUAAGCUCCUGUACCAGAGACUACGGUCAGUACCUCAGCCCGGACGCUUCUACUCCCCCCACCUGCCACUCAAGGCCAAGAGCCUAUGCUCCCGACGAGGCUCCGCCCAUUUCUCCAGCCUGGAGAGCGAGGUAUGA